AGCAAAAUACAAGGACAGAGAUAUUUCCAAGACUUCAUACUUAUCUUCUCCUGUGCGACGGAGCAGCCCAACAAACCCCAGGAUGAGGAGCCUUCUUCAGUGUCUGGCACUCUGUGCCGCGGUGUCCUUCUGCGUCGGCUACGACUCUGAUGAAAGCACAGAAUCCAUCGAAGAUGUGUUUGUGCCUCCGAGCCGAGCCAACUCGUUCAUCACGCGGCAGAGGGGCAGCGCGUACAGCCCGGGCCGCGGGGCCGGCCACAACUACUACUACCGCUUCAUGAGGCCCAUGAAGUCUCUGAUGGAGCGUCGUGCUGAGACCUGUGAGGACUACUCUCCGUGCCGUUUCUUCGCUUACCGCCACGGCUCCCAUCAGGCCUACCAGAGGUUCUUCGCCGCCCGAAAUCGAGCCCAGAACCCGCCCCAGAGGCCCGCCGCGGCCCGCCGGUACUAGAGCCCCAUCACCACGCCGCCCGGCCCCCGCCGCUCCACCGCUCCGUCGUUUGCGUGGCUUUGUGUUCGGGGCCCCUCGUGGCUCUGGGCCGCCAUCGGGGCCACGGGGAGGUCCUCGGCUCAGCUCCGGUGUAAUCUCAGGAUGUGUAUCCACUAUUAUCACCUUCACAGCAUUAAGAGCUUCACGCACAGUUGAAGUGCUCCAGCUCUCGACCCACUAGCCGGCUCACGCCGUCCAGCUCCUCAGCUCGACGCCGCCGCCGCGGAGCGUUUGUGUGUUUUGUUCACUGCUUUGAAAAAAAAUGAAAUAAAAUCCCCCUUUAUUGGGGUUUAUCCUAA